CGAGUGAUUACGAUUAUGUGCGGCAGAAAAAGCCUGUCCAAGGGGAGCGCUGCGAGUACGUUAAAAUAUCUCGCGGGCUAUUUCCUACUCGCGCUGCUGACCCCUCUGAUCAUCGUGCUCCUGCCCCAGUUUUCUUUGCUUUCUGGGCGGAUCGCAGCGCGGUGGGCUUCGAUGCAGUCCUCCACCGUCUUCUUCGCCGCCAAGCCUCUCUCUUCUCCCGCCCCGCCUGUCCGCGUGAGAGCGGUGUUCACGAACCCCACCACCGAUCAAAACUCCAUGGCCGCCGCUUCCGGCCCCAAGUGGGCUCAGAAGACCAUCAAGCUGCCGCCCCUGAGGCGCGGCUGCCACCUCGUCACUUCGAAGAUAGUAAAGGAAAUUGGAGAAGACUUGUCGGAGUUCAAGUGUGGGCUUGCACAUCUGUUUCUCCAUCACACAAGCGCUUCGCUCACUAUCAAUGAGAAUUACGAUUCAGAUGUUAGGGAUGAUACAGAGACAUUCCUCAACAAGAUAGUCCCAGAGGGGAGAUCUGCACCUUGGAAGCAUACCCUUGAAGGCCCUGAUGACAUGCCAGCUCAUAUAAAAUCUUCGAUGUUUGGCUGCUCGCUCACGAUCCCAAUUACAGAUGGGAAGCUCAACAUGGGCACUUGGCAGGGAAUAUGGCUUUGUGAGCAUCGGGAUGUUGCUACAUCACGAACUGUGGUGGUCACCAUGAAUGGAAUAUGACAUGCGGAUCAUGGGAGGUGCUUCUGGCUGAUUAACAGUUUCGUGAGGCAAUAGCUUAUGAAGCCGAUUAUAUCUCGAUAUAUAUGUAUGUCAACAGAAAGUUAAGCAAGAUGCUUCAUGGAAUAUGGCUCAACUCCAACCGGGGUGUCUCCAUUUGCUUGCUUAUAGUGUUAGAUUUUCAUAAACUGAAGGGAUGGAUGAAACUGCAACUAUCUUGAUUCUCAUGCAUGUACUUGUCGCUGUCUGCAAUGCAGUCAUUCUCCCUUUUCUUAUGUU